UACACCAGCGUUUCUCAACUGUCAACUGAACCAAAAUCCCUUGACUUCACCGGCACCGGGUUUAUCUUUCGUUUCCGAUCCACCAUUAAGAAGAGUCGGAGAAGAGAUCGCUGGAAAUCACUCCUACCCUUCAACGUUUUCGAUUGAAAUCUCUUACCUUUAUGAUUUGCUUAUCGGUCGACAGAGACAGCAUGAGGCGCCCUCCUUUUGCUUGGCUGUCUUCAGAUCUGCUGCGAGAAGGUCACUCGGCUGUGUAGAUCUUUCGUGUUAGUUGAAUUUAGGUCAUCAAAUGGCUACGAGGAACAGGACUAUAUUGUUUAGGAAGUACAGAGAUGCAUUGAAGAGCGUUCGAGCUCCGUCUAAUUAUGGGUCGGCGUCGUCCUCCGCCUCGGGUGGACCAGUCAUUGAAUUGUCCAAUGUUUCUCUUCUCAAUCCAAAUCGAUCUUAUGCUCCUCUAAGUACUGAUGACCCUGGUGGCUCCAGUCGAGGUGCACUUACUGUGGGUCUACCUCCAGCUUGGGUUGACAUAUCAGAAGAAGUAUCUGCUAAUAUCCAACGUGCCCGUUUGAAAAUGUCUGAGCUUGCGAAGGCUCAUGCCAAAGCUUUAAUGCCUUCAUUUGGUGAUGGUAAAGAUGAUCAACGGAGGAUUGAGGUUCUUACACAUGAAAUAACUGAUCUUUUGAGAAUAUCAGAGAAGAGAUUACAGAGACUUUCGUCUGGUGGCCCCUCUGAGGAUUCAAACAUUAGGAAGAAUGUACAGCGUGCUCUAGCAACUGACCUUGAGAGCCUUUCAACAGAACUUCGAAAGAAACAGUCAACUUAUUUGAAACGGCUUCAGCAGCAAAAAGAGGGUGCUGAUGGAGUUGAUAUAGAAAUGAACUUAAAUGGUUCCAAAAGGGAAGAUGAUGAGUUCGAUGACCUGGGGUUUAGUGAGCAUCAGAUGAGCAAGUUAAGGAAAAACGAGGCAUUUACAGCUGAAAGAGAAAAGGAGAUCCAACAGGUGGUGGAAUCAGUAAAUGAAGUAGCUCAAAUAAUGAAAGAUCUAUCAGUUCUUGUGAUUGAUCAGGGCAGUAUCGUAGACAGAAUAGACUACAAUAUCCAGAAUGUUGCAGCAUCGGUUGACAAAGGGCUCGAGCAGCUUCAGAAGGCAGAGAGAUCUCAAAAACAAGGUGGGAUGGUGAUGUGUGCGACAAUUCUGAUUAUUAUGUGCGCGGUUAUGUUGUUUCUUUUAAUCCUUAAGACAAUACUCUUCUAAUCCAUCCAUUCAUUCAUUCAUUUGCAAACCUGAAAGGCUUUGUUUCAGUGGAUGACAACAGUGGGAAGGAAUAUGGAAAUAUUAUUAAUUGAUUGAAAUCCUAAGGUUAGUUAAAAACACUAUUCGGCAUUUGUACACAGAAUUAUUAUGAGUCUUGACUGACUAGACUAUACAUACUUUUGAGAAUGAUUACUAUGAGGGAGGAAGGUUGUAUAGGUAGUAGUAAGUAGUUUUUCAAUUGAGAACUACACGUUUUUGACCUAUUACACUUCAAAUUCAUUUGGAAAAGAUUUGUAUCUCUAAUUUCUCUUUU